AACCGGAAGUGUCGUCCUGACCGUUCGCACCUUGACCAGGUUGGCAGUUUGACGCGUCUGCUCCGCGCUCCGGUGAAGAUGCUCCCCGCUGCGCGCCCCGUGACGUCAGGGACUUUAUUCUUAGCAUUACUGUUAUUAUUGGGCCUGACGGAAAGCAAACAGAAAGACUUUUAUACCUUUAAAGUGGUCAACAGCAGAGGGAAGCUGGUUUCUCUGGAGAAGUACCGCGGCUCGGUGUCGCUGGUGGUGAACGUCGCCAGCGAGUGCGGCUUCACCGACGAACACUACAGGGACCUGCAGCAGCUGCAGCGGGACUUCGGCCCGUCUCACUUCAACGUCCUCGCCUUCCCCUGCAACCAGUUCGGCCAGCAGGAGCCCGGCAGCGACAAGGAGAUCGACAGCUAUGUGCGUCGGGUCUACGGCGUCUCCUUCCCGCUGUUCAGCAAAAUCGCCGUGGUUGGAACCGGAGCCAACAACGUCUACAAACACCUGGCCGAGGUGUCUGGAAAAGAGCCCGACUGGAACUUCUGGAAGUACCUGGUGGACGUUAACGGUAAAGUGGUGGACGCCUGGGGCCCCAAAGUGUCCGUCAUGGAGAUCCGGCCGAAGAUCGCUGAGAUGGUGCGGCAGAUAAUCCUGAAGAAGAAGGAGGAGCUUUGAGUCGCCGUCUUCUCCACAAACUGAACCCAUUUGUUGCCUUUCUAUCCUGACACAAGCAGCUCCCGCUACUUUCUGAGCGCACUGAUCAAACGCCACUCAUGCUGUUGUUAAAUCGGAUGUCAGGUUUUCUUUUUAGGAACAAUUUAACGUUUUAAACCAAAGAGCUCUUCUUUUUUUUUUAACCGGGGGCUCUGUGUGUGUGUUCUUUUUUAUCUAUUCUGAUUUAUGGAAUAAACUUUUUACUGUGACUUUCA